UUCGAGCAUGUGAGCAUGCUGGUCAUUCUCCUGAACUGUGUCACCCUGGGCAUGUUCCAGCCUUGUGAAGACGUCAAUUGCCAGUCAGACUGGUGUAUCAUCCUGCAGGCAUUUGAUGACUUCAUUUUCGCCUUCUUUGCUGUGGAGAUGGUUAUCAAGAUGAUAGCUCUGGGGAUUUUCGGACAGAAGUGUUACCUUGGCGACACGUGGAACCGUCUGGACUUCUUCAUAGUCAUGGCAGGGAUGAUGGAAUACUCACUGGAUGGCCACAACGUCAGCCUCUCCGCUAUCCGCACUGUGCGUGUGCUCAGGCCCCUCCGCGCCAUCAACAGAGUGCCCAGUAUGAGGAUACUGGUGACUCUGCUGCUGGAUACUCUGCCUAUGUUAGGCAAUGUCCUGCUCCUGUGUUUUUUUGUCUUCUUUAUAUUUGGAAUCGUUGGAGUCCAGCUCUGGGCAGGUCUUCUGAGGAACAGGUGUUUCUUGGAGGACAAUUUCAAAACUGUAUACAACCUGUCCUUCUUGAGUCCUUACUACAAACACGACGAGGCAGAGGACAACCCCUUCAUCUGCUCGGCCAACCGGGACAACGGCAUGCUACGCUGCCCAGACGUUCCCCGGCUCAGAGUGAGCGGGGCAGAGUGCCAGCUCAGCGUGGAGAAUUUCAGCCACAUCCAUUAUGGCUUAGAGGGGGCCAGCAAGAACGGCUGUGUUAACUGGAACCAAUAUUAUAAUGUAUGCAAGGCCGGGGAACUCAACCCACACAAAGGGGCUAUUAAUUUUGAUAAUAUUGGCUACGCCUGGAUUGCUAUUUUCCAGGUGAUCACUCUGGAGGGAUGGGUGGAUAUUAUGUAUUAUGUCAUGGAUGCACAUUCCUUUUACAAUUUUAUAUAUUUUAUAUUUCUCAUUAUAGUGGGGUCCUUCUUCAUGAUCAAUCUGUGCCUAGUUGUGAUUGCGACGCAGUUCUCCGAGACCAAGCAGCGCGAGAACCAGCUGAUGCAGGAGCAGCGAGCACGCUACCUCUCCAACGACAGCACGCUGGCCAGCUUCUCGGAGCCGGGCAGCUGCUACGAGGAGCUGCUGAAGUACAUCAGUCACCUGUACCGCAAGGUGAAACGCCGGGCGUCGCGCGUCUACAGCAGCUGGCAGAACAAGCGCAGGAAGAAGGUGAACCCCAACGGCGCCGGAGGCAGCGGCGGGAGCGGGAGCAGCGGCGGCGUGAACGGCCGCGGGCGACGGUGGAGCAGCAAGCGGACCCACCACCUCAUCCACCACCACCAUCACCACCACCACCACUACCACAUCAGCAACGGCAGCCCCUGCUCUGGGCCGGGGGAGAUCUGCGACUCGGUGGAGAUGAAGACCGUGAAGCCUGGGGCCCAGCUCAUGCUGACUUCUCCGCUGUCCAGCCCGCCGGGCGGGACGAAGUCGGUUCACAGUGUCUACCACGCCGACUGCCACUGUAAGGGCCCCCAGGUCCGCCACAAGUCUUCCGGCGUGACUGGGAGCCUGCGGCUGCUGGCCGGGCUCAACGGCGGGAUGAACUACCCCACCAUCGUGCCCUCUGUCGUGUGUAGCCGCGCUAACACCACCGCCGCCAGGGGGAAAGGCAAGAGGGCGAGCGGCCACUCCAUGAAGCUCAAUCGAUCCUCUGGAGGCUUCGGUGUCCCAGACCCCUACAGCAAGCUGCACCAGUUUGUGGGGGAGCAUGGUUCAGGUCGCAUCUCUGGCGUCAGCCUGCCCUUCCCGAGGGCAGGGGCGGUGCCCGGCCGUCUGUCCUGCGAGCUGAUGAACUGCCCGUACUGCGUCAGGGCCCUGGAGAACCCCGACCUGGAGCUCAGCGACUCGGACAGCGGCGGCUCGGAGGCCGACGGCGUGCACGAGCUGACCCGGGACCUGCGGCCCGGAGCCGAGGGCAGGUCCAGCCAAUCACGGCGCCACAGGAAACCCAAAAAGAAAAACCGGCUGGUGCAGUGCUGCGAGGACUUCAGAGACAAACUGAAACGGAUAGUGGACAGCAAAUACUUCAACCGUGGAAUUAUGAUCGCCAUUCUGAUCAACACCUUGAGCAUGGGCAUUGAGUACCACGAACAGCCCGAGGAGCUGACCGAUGUCCUGGAGAUCAGCAACAUCGUCUUCACCAGCAUGUUUGCCUUGGAGAUGCUGCUGAAGAUUCUCGCCUUCGGCCUCUUCGGCUACAUCAAGAACCCCUACAACAUUUUCGACGGAAUCAUUGUUGUCAUCAGUGUGUGGGAAAUCAUAGGCCAGUCGGACGGGGGUCUGUCAGUGCUGCGGACAUUCCGGCUCCUGCGGGUGCUGAAGCUGGUGCGCUUCCUGCCCGCCCUCAGGAGGCAGCUGGUGGUUCUGAUGAAGACCAUGGACAAUGUGGCCACCUUCUGCAUGCUGCUCAUGCUCUUCAUCUUCAUCUUCAGUAUUUUGGGAAUGCACCUGUUCGGAUGCAAGUUCAGCCUGAGAAUGGAGAAUGGAGACACCAUCCCCGACAGGAAGAACUUUGACUCGUUGCUCUGGGCCAUCGUCACAGUCUUCCAGAUCCUAACACAGGAGGACUGGAAUGUGGUUCUGUACAACGGCAUGGCUUCCACCUCCCCCUUAGCCGCACUCUACUUCGUGGCCUUGAUGACUUUUGGAAAUUACGUUCUCUUCAACUUGCUGGUGGCUAUUCUGGUGGAGGGAUUUCAAGCAGAGGGGGACGCAAACAGGUCAGACUCGGAUGACGAGAGAAUGUCGAUAAAUUUGGAAGAAGAGGAGAAAAUGAGGGACUUGCAUACCUCAGAGCUGAAGAUGCAGACCCUGACCCUCCAGCCCAACGGUUACAUGGACCCCCGGGCCAGCAUGCCCCCGCCCAUCAUCAUGCGCACGGCCGCCACGCCCAUGCCCACGCCCAAAACCUCCCCGUACAUGGACCCGGUGCACACGUACAGCGACUCCCGCCGGGGGAGCAGCGCCUCCAUCGACCCCAACGCCUAUGACCAGAGGUCCCUGGCCAGCCUGCGGAACUCCCCCUGCCAGCCCUGGGGCAGCCGCCGGUCCAGCUGGAACAGCCUGGGACGGGCCUCCAGCCUGAAGCGGAAGAGCCAGUCCGGGGAGCGCGAGUCCCUGCUGUCGGGCGAGGGCCGGGGCAGCUCUGAGGAGGAGGACUCUGAUGGCGGCACGGGCAGCAGGGCCUCCCUGCAGUUCCGGCCCGAGUCCUUGGACCUCCCGGAGUUCCUCCAGGUGCCAGUACUGCGCCCGCCAGGGGAGCACCACGACUGCAAUGGCAAGAGCUUCCACCUGCCCCCCGACUACCUGCACAAAAACGACCCCGACUUGGAGGAGGACAUAGAAGAGAGCUACUGUUUCCGCAUCAAGAAGGUGCUGGAGCCCUAUAAGCCCCAGUGGUGCAGAGAUCACGAGGACUGGUCCCUGUAUCUGUUCUCACCCCAGAACAAGUUUCGCAUGAUGUGUCAGAAAAUAAUUGCCCACAAGAUGUUUGACCACGUGGUCCUGGUGUUUAUCUUCCUAAACUGCAUCACCAUAGCGCUGGAGAGACCAGAUAUCAUGCCUCACAGCACAGAGCGUGUGUUUCUCAGUGUCUCCAACUACAUUUUCACUGUGAUCUUUGUUGCUGAAAUGACUGUGAAGGUGGUUGCUCUGGGCUUCUGUUAUGGGAACAACAACUACCUACAGAGCAGCUGGAAUGUCCUGGAUGGGAUGCUGGUGUUUGUCUCCAUCGUGGACAUCAUCGUGUCCCUGGCGUCUGCCGGAGGGAACAGGAUCCUGGGCAUCCUGAGAGUACUGCGUCUCCUGAGGACACUACGGCCCCUGAGGGUCAUCAGCCGCGCGCCAGGCCUGAAGCUGGUGGUGGAGACGUUGAUCACGUCCCUCCGCCCCAUCGGCAACAUCGUGCUCAUCUGCUGCGCGUUCUUCAUCGUCUUCGGCAUUCUGGGAGUGCAGCUUUUCAAGGGGAAGUUCUACCACUGCGAGGGAUUCGACACAAGGAACAUCACCAACAAGUCUGACUGCCUGCAAGCCAACUACCGGUGGAUAAGGAGAAAAUACAACUUUGACAAUCUUGGACAGGCCCUCAUGUCGCUGUUUGUUCUGUCUUCCAAGGACGGCUGGGUUAAUAUUAUGUAUGACGGUCUGGACGCUGUGGCUGUGGACCAGCAGCCGAUUCGGAACCACAACCCCUGGAUGCUGCUGUUCUUCAUCUCCUUCCUGCUGAUCGUCAGCUUCUUCGUGCUCAACAUGUUCGUGGGCGUGGUGGUGGAGAACUUCCACAAGUGCCGGCAGCACCAGGAGGAGGAGGAGGCGCGCAUCCGGGAGGAGAAGCGGCUGAGGAGGCUGGAGAAAAGGCGCAGGAGUAAGGAGAAAAACGGGUCCGAAGCCCAGCAGCGACCCUACUACGCAGACUACUCCCCUGCCCGCCUCUACAUCCACACACUGUGCACCAACCACUACUUGGACCUCUUCAUCACCUGCAUCAUUGGGAUCAACGUGGUCACAAUGUCCAUGGAGCAUUACAAUCAGCCCAAGUACCUUGAGGAGGCGCUAAAAUACUGCAACUACUGCUUCACCAUUGUCUUCGUCUUUGAGUCCCUGCUCAAGCUCAUCGCUUUUGGCUUCCGAAGAUUCUUCAAAGAGAGAUGGAACCAGCUGGAUCUGGCCAUUGUUCUACUCUCCAUCAUGGGGAUCACGCUAGAGGAAAUCGAAAUCAAUGCUUCUCUACCCAUAAACCCCACCAUCAUCCGCAUCAUGAGGGUGCUGAGGAUAGCCAGAGUGCUAAAGCUUUUGAAGAUGGCGACAGGUAUGAGAGCUCUGCUGGACACAGUGGUACAAGCCUUGCCACAGGUGGGAAACCUCGGCCUGCUCUUCAUGCUUCUUUUCUUCAUCUAUGCCGCCCUGGGGGUCGAGCUUUUUGGGAAACUUGAGUGUAAUGAAGACAACCCCUGUGAAGGGCUGAGCAGACAUGCCACAUUCGAGAACUUCGGGAUGGCCUUCCUGACUCUGUUCAGGGUGUCCACAGGAGACAACUGGAACGGCAUCAUGAAGGACACCCUGCGGGAGUGCAGGAGUGAGGACAAGCACUGCCUGAGCUACCUGCCCCUGAUCUCGCCCAUCUAUUUCGUCACCUUCGUGCUGGUCGCCCAGUUCGUGCUGGUCAACGUGGUGGUGGCCGUGCUGAUGAAGCACUUGGAAGAGAGCAACAAGGAGGCCAAGGAGGACGCCGAGAUGGACGCCGAGAUCGAGCUGGAGAUGACCCGCCGCCUGAGCACCACCUCCGGGGGGAUGAACCUGGGGCUCGAGAGCAAGGCCACUUACAUGGGGCCACGCCCCGACUCGCCUGGACAGGAUGAAGCAUUGUUUGGUGCUCAAGAGAAUUUGCUGUCGGUGCGGAAAACAUCUGUGUCCCGAAUGCACUCUUUGCCAAAUGACAGCUACAUGUUCCGCCCACUGAAGCCUGCAAAUUCCCCCUGCCCCCUGCCAGAAGUGGACUCUAUUGAAGGCAACCUGCAUUUAGGAUCUGUCACUUCAGUGAAUUCCCAGCCCUGUGAGGGAGGCUCCCUGCUGCGAGUUCCAGGGGUGUCUUAUCGCACCAGCCCCGCUUCUGUGUAUGAGAACAGCAGCUUACCCAAAAUCCCUCCACCUCGUCUUAGCCCUGCCCACAGCAUCAGCAAGCCACUCCGCAGACAGGAGGCGAUCAAGAAUGACUCUGUCGAUAUGCAGAGUUGUGACUCCAAAGACACCCUCGAAAGGCAAUCCAGUGACAGCUUGCACUUAAAAGUGCCCAUACCGGGUAGCCUCAUCCUGCCUGUGCCGAGAAUCUCAGCCCCCAGCAGCCCCCAGGCCUCCCCGCUGCUGCCCCGCAGUCGCUCCUCCAGUGUGCACACGCACCAGCAGGUGUACAGCCAGCACAGCAUCUCCAGCCGUCCCUCGAGCCAGGCCAGCAGCAACAGCAAUAGCCCCAGCCCGGGCACCUCCAUGUUCGACUCCAUGGACCCGGCAGACGAGGAGGUUCGCCACAUCAACAGCUCUGCCAAAGACUGGGCCGGAGACCAGCACGAGGCACGCAGCCACUCCCUCUCCCCCUACGCAUCGCCCAGCGACCAGCCUCUCGUCCCUCUGAAGAACUGCAGCAGUACCACCAGCCUCCUGGGCCCUGGCCUGAAGGAGAAGGACCUGAAGAAGUUCUACAGUGUGGACACCGAGGGCUUCUUGGCCAAGCCCUCCUGGGCCAACGACCCCCGCCGGCACUCCAUCGAGAUCUGCCCUUCCAUCGACGACGAGGCGGCCUUCGAGCUGCCGGCGGAGGAGCAGAGGAGGCCCUCCCUGCAUGGAGCAUCCGUGUCCCCUGGACACCUGCCCACGCACAGGAAGAAGAAGAUGAGCCCCCCCUGCAUCGCCAUAGAGCCACCCCUGGAGGCAGAGCUCUCGGCUCCCGUGACGUCCCUCACCAAAAUCUCCGAGAGCAGCAUGCUACUGCGUAGAAGGACGCCCUCCUGCGAGAUCACCGUGCAGCGUGACUCCAUGGACUUGCUGGAGCCCCCACCGCCCCCUCCAGCCCUCGCCGAGCCGCCGACAAAAGUGGAGAGACGCCCCUUGUGCCGCAACGAACACCUGUCGAUUCCUCAGUUCUCAUUUGACCAGUCAGACUUGAGCUCUCUGAGCAGUAUGUCGGACAUCCUGUCAGACAGUGACCAAUCUAAUCACUCCUCCUUCGACACCAAAAUGGAGGGCAUAGCUAGCACAGAGCUGAGUAAACUAGACCACCACCUACAGAUUCAGCCCAGUGAGGGUCUGGAGGGCAGCAAUCCCACCAUGCUCAGUGUCUCCAGGAGCCCCUUGAGGAAGAGGGGGCUGAUUCGCAUGGCAAGCACAAGGGAGGAGGAUGUUGAGGAUUCAGCUGUAUAGCCAAAGCGUUUGGGGCAAAAACAUGGCCUCCUGUUGAGUAAUCUCUUGGCCACAGCAGAUCACUGGACCCUGAAGCUUCUUUCAUAAAAACCCCCAGGAGUCAGGUUUUCUACAUGGGAUAUGCAAUUUCAGUCUUUCAAAUUGAACACUGCAUUU